AUGAAGUGUGUUGCAUUGUUGGCAUUGGCCAUGUUUGGCUGCGCCCUGGCCCAGGCCCCCGUCCCGAACGAUGGCCGCUACUAUCCGGAGUACUACGAGACGAAGUGGGAUGAUGGCCGCUGGCGUCCGGACGGUCGCGGCAAGUACGACGAUGGCAAGUACCGACCGGGUAGCCCGGGUAAGGUAGGCGGAUCGGGUGGUUUCGGUGGUGCCGGUGGUGCCGGUGGAUUCGGAGGUGCCGGAGCUGGUGGAUUCGGAGGUGCUGGUGGUGCCGGUGGAUUCGGUGGUGCUGGCGGUGCCGGUGGACUGGGUGGUGCUGGCGGUGCUGGUGCCGGAGGUAGCCGAUUCGGUGCUGGAUCGGGCAGUGGCAAUGCUGGAGCUGGCGGAUUCGGUGCAUCUGGUUUCGGUGGUGAUGAUGGCGGUUUCGGAGCUGGCGGUGCCGGAGGUGCUGGCGGUGCCGGUGGUGCUGGAUUCGGAGCUGGCGGUGCUGGUGGUGCCGGUGGUGCUGGUUCUCGCUUCGGUGCUGGCGGUGCUGGUGGUGCCGGAGGUGCUGGCGGUGCUGGAUCAGGAAAUCGUCUCGGAUCGGGAUCGGGCACUGCGUCCCGCUUCGGUGGAAACAACGGUGGCGAUGCCGGAUACGAAAAGAUCAAGGAGCAGGUGAAGCAGUUCAACGAUGAUGGAUACUACUACAAGUACGCCAAUGAGAACAACAUUGAGGCCGCCGAAUCGGGCAAGAUCGAUGACCGCAACACCGAGAACGAGACGCUCCGCGCCAAGGGCUACUACGAGUACGUCGGCGAUGAUGGCCAGAAGUACCGCGUCGACUACGUUGCCGAUGAGAACGGAUUCCAGCCGCAGGGUGCCCAUCUGCCAACGCCACCACCGACGCCCGAAGCGAUCGCCCGUUCGCUCGAGUACAUCGCGAGCCAGCAGCGAAAGUAA